AUGGAGCAUAUUCAUCGCGAGACCCAAUGGGGCAGCGAUAAGAGGGCACGCUACCAGGGAAGCUACAAUAGGUCACAAACUAAAGGGAUAUACUCUUAUGAUAGUCCCCGCCAGAGGUUCCAACAGGGUCAGUCUAAUUGGUUUGUUCAGGCGACAUUACUUGCUUCUGAGAGAAGCCAGCAUCAGCAGGCUUGUCCUAGUACGGGUCAGAGUUCGAGGAGAUCAGAUUCCCUCCCUCCCUACCGCGGUCGGGUUACUUCAGGGCGUUCAGCUUCUGGGUGUUUUGAUUGCGGUGCACUUGACCAUUGGUCCAGAGGGUGCCCCUGGCGAGGAGGUGGUGGUUAUGGCCAGGAUCGUCAAGACAGCCGACAGGGUACCAGAGGCGGACCUCGGGGUGGCAGGUUAGGUAGUAGAUCAGAUGCAUCAGGCAGAGGUGCUCAGGAGAUGCGAGAGCAGUUUCCUGCGGGGCAGCGUUUUGAGGAUGGUCGGAAAGGGAAAGCUACGGAGAAAUGA